AUGCGCUUCGAGCAUGCACUGAACAUCACACUGCCGCUCCUUUUGCCGUCCGCUCUGUACAUUUACUCGCAAAUGGACGACCGAAUUCCAGAUGGACAUCAGACCAGCAGGAUCACCGUGGCUAUUGAUCCUGUAGCCCUGGUGGUGACGGAAUGCAUCACGGUCACUUCAGCCAUGCGCAAGCAUGCUCGCUGGGCUCAUUCUUCCAUAUCCUCCAUCCUCGGCGCCAGCAGCACACCUCGAACGUCGACAUCGACCUCGGACCGCCGGACCGCAAACCAGGAGAGGAGUCGAGCGAGCAGCAAGAUUGAUCUGAUCGAGGACGACGGCACAUUGACUUCACGAUGGGGACUACGAGGGAAGAAGGGCCAGAGCAUGCAGGACAACCCGCUGAUGAGUGCCUUUGCAAAGCUACGCGCGGACUUGAAGCAGUGCAAGGAUAUCCAGUCCUUUGAGACCCCGAGUCUGUUGCAGCCGUUUCUGCAGGUCAUUAGGAGUUCGAGCACCACGGCGCCGAUUACGAGUCUGGCCCUGAUUGCCAUCACGAAAAUGCUGGCCUACAACAUUAUCAAUCCUCAGAGUCCGAAUUUCAGCUAUGGGAUUCAGUUACUGGCGUCUACUGUAACACAUUGCAGGUUCGAGGGAGACAACACUCCAAGCGACGAAGUGGUGUUCCUACGGAUAUUGAAGCUCAUGGAAGACAUGAUUUGUGGACCGUCGGGAGAGGUGCUCGGCGACCAGAGCGUGUGCGAGAUGAUGGAAUGUGCACUGUCGAUAUGCUGUCACCUGAAAAUGAGUGAGCUCGUUCGACGGAGUGCAGAGAUCAGCAUGGUGACCAUGUGUCAAACCAUCUUCGGCCGGUUGAAAACUUUGGAAAAUGAGCUUGAGGAAGGCACAUUGGAUGAGGCGGUGCCACAGGAAGACAUGGACGCCGCGAAAAUCGAUUCUUCCGGGAACGGCGACUAUGGCCCGGAUAUGAUGAAGCAGCUCAGGUCGAGCUCCAGUCUGGAGGUGCGAGGGAACAACGACUCGGAUCGCUUAUCCAUGGAUGCUAAUGGCAGUCAAUUGGACCUGUCGAGGCCUGAUGAUGGCGAGGUUGUAGACGUGCGACCUUACGGACUCCCUUCUAUUCGCGAGCUGUUUCGCGUUCUGGCGGACUUGCUCGAUCCUCACGAUCGCCAAAGAAACGAUACUCUGCGUGUCAUGGCGUUGCGAAUAGUAAACGUCGCGCUCGAGGUCGCCGGGCCCAGUAUCGCAAAUCAUCCGAGUCUCGCGUCUUUGGCCAAAGACACACUUUGUCGAAAUCUCUUCCAGCUGGUCCGGUCUGAGAACGUCGCGAUCCUUCAUGAGUCAUUGCGCGUUGCAGGCACGCUUCUCGCUACAUGUCGAACUGUACUCAAGUUGCAGCAGGAGCUGUUCUUGUCAUACGUGGUGGCGUGUCUACAUCCCAAGGUCCCCAUCCCUGAUGAGCCCAACAUAGAUCCGUCGCUCUAUCAGGGUGUGCCGCAGWCUCCCACCCUUGUGCGGCCACAACCGUCUGGUCCGGCGGCCGUCGGGAAAGGGAGUGGUAGAUCAACGCCGGUGCCGGUGCGCGACCGACAAAAGCUAGGCAUGGAAGGCGGUUCACGAAAGCCAGACGCCAGAGAGGCAAUGGUAGAAAGCGUUGGCGGUCUGGUUCGAAUUCCAAGCUUUAUGACGGAGCUCUUCGUCAACUACGACUGCGAGGUUGACAGAAGCGACCUGUGCGCAGACAUGGUCGGUCUGCUGUCUCGCAACGCAUUCCCAGAUUCUGCGACUUGGAGUACGACAAAUGUUCCCCCGCUCUCCUUGGAUUCCCUUUUGGGAUACGUUCAAUUCAUUGCAGAGCGCAUGGACGACGAACCAAAUACCAGGAACCUGCCCGAGAAAUCAGCAUUGCAGGAGCAGAGAAGACGGAAGGCAGUCAUUAUUCGCGGCGCUACGAAGUUCAAUGAAAGCCCAAAGGGUGGCAUUGCUUUCCUUGCAGCACAGGGCAUCAUUUCCGACCCGAACGAUCCCCAUUCUGUGACGACCUUCUUGAAGGGGACCACCCGGAUAGACAAGAGAGUCCUGGGCGAGUUCAUCUCGAAGAAGUCCAACGAGGCUAUUCUUGACGCUUUCAUGGAUCUGUUUGACUUUGCUCACUUGCGCGUUGACGAGGCAUUGCGGCAGCUUCUCAACAGCUUCCGCUUGCCUGGCGAGUCGGCUUUGAUCGAGCGGAUCGUCACAGUUUUCAGUGCAAAGUACUUUGAUGCAGCCAAACCAGAGCACAUCUUAGACCAUGACUCUGUGUUUGUGCUGACCUACGCCAUCAUCAUGUUGAACACCGACCAAUACAACCCGAACGUCAGAUCGCAGGACCGCAUGAAGUUCGAGAACUUUGCUCGGAACUUGCGAGGUGUCAAUGGUGGCAAUUCAGAUUUCGACCAGGAUUUCCUUCGAGAAAUCUAUGAAGCCAUAAAGUCACGAGAGAUUCUCUUGCCGGAGGAACACGAGAACAAGCAUGCCUUUGAGCAUGCUUGGAAAGAGCUGCUUGUCAAGACACAAACUGCAGAGGAUCUGAUCAUCUGUGACACCAAUGUGUACGACGCCGACAUGUUUGCCGCGACAUGGCGGCCGAUUGUCGCAACCCUCAACUACGUAUUUGUGUCGGCGACAGAAGACGCAGUCUUCCAGCGUGUGAUAGCUGGCUACAACCAAUGCGCUCAGAUUGCGGCCAAAUAUGGCAUCAGCGAAUGUCUCGACUACAUCAUCCUUUCCCUUGCAAAGAUCAGCUCUCUUGCAACCGAGACGCCGCCUAGCACGAGCCUCAACACUGAGGUGCAGGCGAGUGGAAAAAGUAUCAUGGUCAGCAAGUUUGCUGUUGAUUUCGGACGAGACAACAAAGCUGAGCUGGCUACUUUGGUGUUGUUCAGAGUAAUCAACGGGCACGAGGACGCCAUACGGGAGGGAUGGACUCAUGUCGUUCGAAUCAUGGUGAAUCUGUUCGUCAAUUCAUUGAUACCGACAUCAUUCACGUCAAUCUCCCGCGAUCUCGACCUUCCUGCCAUCCCUCUCCAAUCCCCGGCUCAAGUGAUUGAGAGAAAUGACAAAUCCGCCGACGUGGGUCUCUUCAGCGCCUUCACAAGCUAUGUUAGCAGUGUGAUGAACGACGAACCGCCCGAGCCAAAUGAGCAAGAAAUCGAGGCGACACUGUGCACGGUCGACUGCAUCAAUGCUUGCCAUUUCGAAGAAAUCUUGGGCAAUGUCAGUGAGCUACCCGUGGAGUCCCUCAAGGCCCUCACAUCGGCACUGCUUUCACACCUCCCCGAAGCGGAUUCGCCUAGAGUCAUUGCUGUGAAGCCUGAACUACCUACUCAGGCCCGUACGAAUGGCACAAAGUCGAGUUCAGAAACACCGGUCUACGACCCCGCGGUUGUGUAUGUGCUCGAGCUUGCCACGAUACUAGCGCUGCGUGAUGAAGAAGCAAUUACCACCCUGGGUGCAGAUGUGGCGGAGGCUCUGCAGACGGUCAUUAGGGAUGCAGAUCGUUUACAUUCAGUCGCACUCAGCAGAACGGUCUUUUAUUUGCUCAGUUUGCUCCGGGCCAGCAACGAUCACGGCUACAUUCGAGCUCCGGUCGUGUUGCACAGCAUCUCCAGCUUCCGCCAGGACCUUCUAAGACAAUGCGCUCAGCCUAUUUUGAAGGGUGUCCACGGCUGCAUUAGUGGACCCGUGGAGCUAAGAAAUGAGAUGGCAUCGAGCCCGGACUUUUGGGCGGUGCUACACACCCUGCAGCCGCAAGCCGAAGCUGCAGCACUGGUAUUCCAGAUAUCGGAAUCCGUCGCUGACGGACCCAAUCCUGCGAUUACCCCGGACAACUACGAAGCUUGCGUGGCUCUGCUCAAUGCGUUUGCCACGGCUGGCAGCGUAGGAGCGAGGCAGGAGCAGCAGCAGGUUCCCAGACGCGGUCAGCCGCAGCAACCUACUCCGGAGAAAAAGCCCGAGAAGAAUGAAGCUGUUGUGCGAGGGACGCGCGCCAUCGCUAUCGUGUCCCAGCUCGCAAGCCGCGUGCCGGGUCUGAUCAAGCAGUCUCAGCUGGAAACAAACGAGGCGUGGCGGACAUAUUGGUCGCCGAUCUUCCGCUGCUUGGCCAUGCAAUGCGUCAACCCGUGCCGUGAGAUUAGACAGCAGGCCUUUACGUCAUUGCAAAGGUGUUUGCUGUCACCAGAACUUGCAUCGCCAGAUCACAAUGAAUGGACAAACAUCUUCGGCGAAGUUCUGUUCCCAUUGAUCAACCAGCUCCUCAAGCCUGAGGUCUACCAAACCGACCCCAAAGGCAUGAGCGAAACCCGAGUGCAAGCCGCUCAGCUUCUAUGCAAAAUCUUCCUGCACUACCUGGUCUUGCUUAGCGAAUGGGAGGGUAUCCUCGACCUGUGGGUCAAGAUUCUGACCAUCAUGGAUCGCUUGAUGAACAGUGGCCAAAGCGACGUCUUGGUGGAGGCUGUGCCCGAAUCACUCAAGAAUAUCCUUCUGGUCAUGGGUAGCGGCGGGUACAUGGUUCCUCCCACUUCGGAGGAAGAUGACAGCCGCAGCGAGCUUCAGCAACAGCUCUGGGCCGAGACAUGGGAGCGACUGCACCGGUUCCUACCAGACCUCAUGCCGGAGGUAUUCCCGAAUUCCUUCAACAAGCCCAAGCAGGCGAAAGCAACGGAUGAUGUCGUUGCGGUGCCCGAGCCUGAAGGAGACGAGGAAAAGACUGCGAUCGUUUCCAACUCAAAUGAGGCCGAACCGACGGCAGCAUAG